GGGCAUAUUUCCUUUCUCAAGACGACCCUAAAGAACUAUAAAAAGACCAGAUAUCAGAAUUUGUGUGUGUCUGUAUAUAGAUAAACAUUUACAUACCCAUAUAUAUACAAGAGGAAACUAUAGAGGAACAAAAAAAAAAAAUGGGAAGGGGAAGAGUAGAGCUGAAGAGGAUAGAGAACAAGAUCAACCGACAAGUAACUUUUGCAAAGCGUAGGAAUGGUUUGUUGAAGAAAGCUUAUGAACUGUCUGUUCUUUGCGAUGCUGAGGUUGCUCUCAUCAUCUUCUCCAACCGUGGCAAGCUCUAUGAGUUUUGCAGCUCCCCAAACAUGAUCAAGACGUUGGAACGGUACCAGAAAUGCAGUUACGGUUAUAUUGAAGUCAACAACAAACCUGCCAAACAACUUGAGAACAGCUACAGAGAGUAUCUGAAGCUAAAGGGUAGAUAUGAGGGCCUUCAGCGUCAACAAAGAAAUCUUCUUGGUGAGGAUUUAGGACCUUUGAAUUCAAAGGAAUUAGAGCAGAUUGAGCGUCAACUAGAUGGCUCUCUCAAGCAAGUCCGCUCCAUCAAGACACAGUACAUGCUUGACCAGCUCUCUGAUCUUCAAAACAAAGAGCAAAUGUUGCUUGAAACCAAUAGAGCUUUGGCUAUGAAGCUGGAUGAUAUGAUUGGUGUGAGAAGUCAUCAUAUGGGUGGAGGAGGAGGAGGAUGGGAAGGUAACGAACAUAAUGCUUCCUACGUGCAUCAUCAAGCUCAGUCUCAAGGACUAUUCCAGCCUCUUGAAUGCAAUCCUACUCUGCAGAUGGGGUAUGACAAUCCAGUAUGCUCGGAGCAGAUAACUGCAACAACACAAGCUCAGGCACAGCCAGGUUACAUCCCAGACUGGAUGCUCUGAAAGUCAUGUGAUCAAUUCUAAUGCUGUGAUCAACCUCUCCAGCAA